AUGGCGUCCCGAGAGGUGGUGCUAAUCGACCCGACGAAAGGCAGUCCGCUGGCGUCGCUCCGCGCGUUCAAGGGGCCAUCGGGGCACGUGCCCUUCCCCAACAAGUGCCCAGCGCACCCCUUCAGGGGUGAGUGGCGCAGCGUGGCGUUCGGCCCCGCGCAGCGCACGCUGCUGGCCGCGGCGAGCUACAGCACGACGGGCGCGCUUCGCCUGCCGGAACUCACGGACGCGCUGCACGUGUUCGACACGGUCGCAGCGGACGUCACGGCGCGAGUGUCGCUGAACAACACGCCGGAUAGCGUUUACUUCGUUCCCAUCGCUAACGAGGUGUGGGUGCACGCGGCCGACGUGGCGGACCGCUAUUCGUUCUCCAUUCUGUCGGCGCAGCCACCGUACACGGAGGUGCACAGCCAGGGAAUCAACACCAUGCUCCCCGCGGGGCGCGCGCGCUUGCUUCAGAGCCCCAACCUGGGCACGCGCGGCUAUCUGACGACCUCGGGAUCAUCGGGGGUGUACACAGUCGACCUCGCGCGCCCCUCUACCGCGCCCGCGCUCUUCCUCUCCUUCCAGGAAGCUGCCGCCGUCUCACAGCGCGCCUGCCCCGGCGCGCUUUCCAGCGCGUAUGCGCGCGUGCUGCGCCACACAUUCGUCUCCUGCGCGCUUCCGCCCGCCGCCUCCCCCGUCUCCCCUGCUGACGGCGGGAUCGGGAUCGGUGUGAGCGAGGCGGGCGCGGGCGCGCGGAAGGCGAGCGUGGCGGAUGGAUUGGCGGGAGCGGGGAAGCUGGCGACGGUGCAGAUCGAUGCGCGCACGAACCGGAUCGUGGCCGUCUGGCCGUUCGCUGGCGAGCUGUACAUGGCGCCGGACGAGAGCUUCCUCUUCGUGCUGGAUGCGACAAACAAGGCCAUCCACAUGCUGCAGCUGAGUGCCGUCCAGCCGCCGCCCGCGCAGCCCAACGGGCAGCCGCAGCCCACGCCGCGGCCGCGCCCCAACGUGACAGCGUGGCAGCCGCUGACGUUCAACGUGGACUACACGCCGCUCAGGAUGGUCUUCACUCCCAAGGGCGGGGUGAUAGCGUGGCUGAACACGCAGCAGCUCAUGCAGAGUGCUCCUUGCCCUCCCCUCCUCUUCCUCCGUCCUCCACUCCCCAACUCCCCCAUUCCCCAUCCUUUUUUCAUCACCCAUUCCCGCACACAGCCGCCGCACUACCUGGUGUACAUAAGCGUGUCGGAGGGCGGCGUGAUAGGGCGGCUGGACAUGCAGCAGCUGAUGCAGUGCGGCAGCGGGUGCUCGGCAGGCAACAUGCAGUCCUUCGUGCAAUUCGAGCAGCAGAUGGGCGAAAACUCACCUCCAAGAGGUGGCCUCGUGCUCUCGCGGCCGGUGGCAGCAGGUGGGGGCUACGUGUGCCAGGUGGCGGCGUACGAUCGCAGCAUAGUGUGCUUGGAGGAAGCCACGGGUCAGAAGACUCCCUACGCCAACAUCAGCGACGUGCAACACUUGAUCAACCAGUCCAUGGCUCCCGAAGAGGGAGAGGGCAAUUGCGUGGGCUACGCCGCGCACGACGCGAGCGGGGUGCUGGCGCCGUGGAUAUUCAAUCGCAGGGAGGUGGGGCGGAGGGACGUGAAGAUCCGCAUCACUCACUGCGGCGUCUGCCACAGCGACGUGCAUUUCACCCGCAAUGACUGGGGCUACUCCCUGUACCCCAUGGUCCCCGGGCACGAGAUCGUGGGGGUGGUGGAGGAGGUGGGAGCGCAAGUGAGCAAGGUAGCAGUGGAGCAGCGGGUGGGAGUGAUGGGCAUCAUGGGGUCGUGCGGGGAGUGCGAGGCGUGCAGGCAGCACGAGGAGCAGUUCUGCGCCAAGUGCCUCUUCACCUCCAACUCCGUUGACCCUCACUCACCGUCUGGCGAGGCCACCUAUGGCGGCUACUCCUUCAUCGUUUGCGAUGAGCACUUCGUCCUCUCCAUCCCUGCUGAGCUGGCAUCUGACGUGGCAGCGCCCCUGCUGUGCGCUGGCACCACAGUCUACUCCCCCAUGAUGCACUACGGCGCCAACAAGCCGGGCAUGCGCCUGGGGGUGGCAGGGCUGGGCGGGCUGGGCCACGUAGCAGUGCAGAUGGGGCGCGCGUUUGGCAUGCACGUCACGGUGCUGAGCAUACAGCCGGAGCAAGAGAGGGACGCUAGGGAGCUGUUUGGGGCUGACCAGUUCAUUCUCACCACGGAUGCAGCCGCCAUGAAGGCAGCAGCGGGCUCACUGGAUGUGAUCAUCGACACGGUGCCGGUGCAGCAUGAGUUGGGGCCCUUCCUCGACCUGCUCACAUUCAACGGGGAGCUGCUCGUUCUCGGCAUUCCUGUAGCCCCCUUCACUCUCCGUGCAAGCCAGCUUGUAUUCGGGCGCAAGAUGGUUGCGGGUGGGUUGGUUGGAGGAAUCAAGGAGACUCAAGAGAUGCUGAAGUUUUGUGCAAAGAAGGGUGUGGCGCCCAUAGUGGAGAGGCUUGACAUCAAAGACAUUAACAAGGCACACGAACAAGGCGAGGGUAACUGCGUGGGUUACGCUGCGCGCGACGCGAGUGGGGAGCUGACGCCAUGGAGGUUCCAUCGGCGGGAGGUGGGGCCCGGGGACGUGAAGAUCCGCAUCACUCACUGCGGCGUCUGCCACAGCGACGUGCACCUGGCGAGGAACGAGUGGGGCAACUCCAUGUACCCCAUCGUUCCCGGCCACGAAAUCAUAGGAGUGGUUGUGCAGGUGGGAGCGGACGUGAGCAAGGUGGCAGCGGGGCAGCGAGUGGGCGUGGGGUGCAUGGUGGGGUCGUGCGGUGAGUGCGUGGCGUGCAGGCAGCACGAGGAGCAGUCGUGCCCCAAGUGUGUUUUCACGUACAACUCUGUCGACCCGCUCUCGCCGUCCGGCCAGUCCACCUACGGCGGCUACUCCUCCUUCAUCAUUUGCAAUGAACACUGUGUCCUCUCCAUCCCUGCUGAGCUGGCAUCUGACGUGGCAGCACCUCUGCUAUGCGCUGGCAUCACAGUCUACUCCCCCAUGAUGCGCUACGGCGCCAACAAGCCGGGCAUGCGCCUGGGGGUGGCAGGGCUGGGCGGGCUGGGCCACGUGGCAGUGCAGAUGGGGCGGGCGUUUGGCAUGCACGUCACCGUGCUGAGCACAUCGCAGGGCAAGGAGAGGGAGGCGAGGGAGGUGAUGGGAGCGCACAGGUUCAUUGUCACCAAGGAUGCUGACGCCAUGAAGGUGGGCUGGCUUAUCACCGCUCUUGCAUUGGCACCUCUUUAG